UUUUGUGCUUAUUCGAUUCGAGAGAAAGGAUCGAACUUUAGAGCUUCGAAUUUCAAGUAAGACACCACUAUUCAAGUACCAACUUUGUUGGUUCGCGAUGGCGGCUGAUGAACCAGAAAUUUAUGGCUACUACUAUGACAAUGAAGAAGAUAGAGGGUUGCUUGAUCCUGCAUGGGAGAGACAACAAAAAAAGACGUUUACAGCCUGGUGUAACUCUCAUCUGCGAAAAAUUAACGUCCAGAUUGACGAAAUUACCACAGACUUUAGCGACGGCUUGAAACUCAUGGCUUUGCUGGAAGUAAUAUCAGGCGAAAGACUUCCUAAACCCGAGAAAGGACGGCUGCGAUUUCAUAAAAUUUCCAACGUUAAUAAAGCUCUAGACUUUGUGGCCAGCAAAGGAGUAAAACUUGUGUCGAUUGGAGCUGAAGAAAUUGUGGAUGGUAACUUAAAGAUGAUUCUAGGAAUGAUCUGGACCAUAAUUCUUCGGUUUGCGAUCCAAGACAUAGCAGUAGAAGAAUUGUCUGCGAAGGACGGCCUGCUGCUUUGGUGUCAGCGUAAAACUGCUCCAUAUAAAAAUGUCAACGUGCAAAACUUUCACACAAGUUUUAAAGAUGGCUUGGCUUUUUGUGCUCUUAUUCAUCGUCAUCGGCCGGACCUUAUCGACUAUAACUCCCUAAGCAAGGAGACCCCUUUGGAAAACUUGAAUUAUGCCUUUGAUGUUGCUGAGAAACAUCUGGACAUUCCCAAAAUGCUUGACGCUGAAGACAUGGUGAACACUGUAAAGCCUGAUGAAAGAGCUGUGAUGACUUAUGUCUCAUCCUACUACCAUGCCUUUACCAGCUCACAAAAGGCUGACACAGCAGCCAAGCGUAUUGGUAAGGUUCUCAACAUCAACAGAGAUAAUGAGAAGAUGAUGGAGGACUAUGAAAAAGUUGCCAGUGAUCUUCUUGAUUGGAUCAAUAAGACCCUACCCUGGCUUAAUGACAGAUCAAGUGAUGGCACACUGAGUGAUAUGCAGAAAAAGCUUGAUGCUCUUCGUGUGUACCGAAGAAGUGAAAAACCUCCUAGAGUAGAAGAAAAAGGGAUGCUGGAGACAAAUUUCAACACAUUGCAGACCAAACUUCGCCUUGGAAAUCGACCUGCAUACCUCCCAACAGAAGGGAAAAUGAUCAGUGACAUCAAUCGUGCAUGGGGAGACUUGGAAGGUUCUGAGAAAGAUUUUGAAGACUGGUUGUUGAAGGAAAUGAGAAGGAUGGAACGACUCGAUCACUUAGCCCAAAAGUUCAAACACAAAUGCAAUAUUCAUGAAGCUUGGACAAGUGGAAAAACUGACAUGUUGAAGAAAAAUGAUUUUGAAAAUGCCUCACUGGCUGAAAUUUUGCAAAUCUGUGAUGAGUGCAAAGACCUUGGACAGUUAACAGAAGAUCGACGGAAAAAACUUGAGGACCGUGAAGCAGUACUGGUACAACUGGACAACUUGCUGUUAGAGUUUGCCAAAAGAGCAGCGCCAUUCAACAACUGGCUAGAAAGUGCACGCGAAGAUUUAAUGGACAUGUUCAGUGUGCAUACUGUGGAGGAGGUUGUGGAACUGCAAGAUGCCCAUAAGGUCUUCAAGGACAACAUGCCAGCUGCAAGAGACGAGUAUCAUUCUAUUAUGAAGUUGAGUGACGUAAUUGAGGAAUUGAGUGAUCUGGAAAACCCUUACACCAGCCUUACUAAACAGGAAAUCAUGCUCGCAUGGAAUGAGGUCGACACUCUGGUACCAAAGAGAGACGAACUGCUUGAAAAUGAGAAGGAAAGACAAGAACGUAACGAGAAACUUCGGGUGGAGUUCGCACAAAAGGCGAAUCAAAUUGGACCGUGGAUCAGACGCAACGAAGAAGAGUUACGAUCUAUUACUUUGACAUCCGUUGGACCUUUGGAGGAACAACUGCAAGCAAUACAAGGACUUGAAAGAGAUGUUACCAGUCACAAGCCUCAAAUGGAUGAGUUAGAAUUGGUUAACCAGGACGUCCAAGAAGCUUUGAUCUUUGAGAAUCCCCAUACAGAAUACACCAUGGAAGCUCUUCGAGUUAACUGGGAGCAGCUGCUAACUGCAAUCGCUAGAAACAUCAAUGAAGUUGAAAAUCAGAUUCUAACAAGAGAUUCCAAAGGUCUUUCAGAGGAACAGAUGAAAGAAUUCAGAACUUCAUUCAACUUUUUCGACAAGGAUGAAAACGCGCGACUUGAGCCGCAUGAAUUUAGACAGUGUUUGGUCAGUUUAGGACACUCGCUUCCCGAAGGAGAUAAGGGUGACGUAGAGUUCAACCGACUCAUGACUAUUGUAGAUCCAAACAACACGGGUUAUGUGACUUUCCAAGCAUUCCUUGACUUUAUGACGCGUGAAGUGGCUGAUACGGAUACCGCUGAACAAGUCAUGGAGUCAUUUAGAAUCCUUGCUGGGGACAAGCCGUUUAUCACUACAGAAGAACUGAGACGUGAAUUACCACCAGAUCAAGCAGAGUAUUGUAUCGCUCGAAUGGCUCCCUACGAGGGACCAGACGCAGUGCCUGGUGCUCUGGAUUACAUGUCCUUCUCCACUGCACUCUAUGGCGAAAGUGACUUGUAACCACUUUUUAUGGUAUUGUAAUAUUAGGGAGGUGUUACUGUGGCUAGUCUGGUGUGACUGUGGCCAGUCAGUUUGUGUUUAGUUUCCAGACAGUAUACUUGAGUCUUCUAUACUCUGUGUAGAGAAAAGAAAAUGGAAAGGUUAAGUAAGACGUUUACGGCAAACGUCAAAACUAAAUUUUCUGGAUCUUUCAGCCGUUUAUACCCAAAAGUGACAAUACUUCCGUAAACAAUGAAUAAGAGAUUUUUUAAAACGACCUGCUUGAUUUAAGAAGUAAAGGAAUUCUGGGUAGAAUGAAAGUCGAGUUUUGCUGUUUGCUGUAACCGCAAACGUAAACGUAAUGAUAAAAAAAAAAAAAAAAACACACAGCAAUUCGUAAUAAUUUGUAUGGAACCUUCGCUCGUAUUUUGGAUAGAAAACUUUAAAAAAUCAAAUGGAAAUACAGGUUGGAUUGCUUCGGGAGAAAAGCAUUUUAUGGAGAUGAAUAUCGGCUCCAGGGAGUUGAAGUCCCGUUUAAUGGUAGUCUGUGCAUUUCUCCUAUUAGAUAUCUUUUUCCGAGGGGUAUAUCAGCCAUUAGCUUUGUUACUAGAAACUGUAGAAUCCAUCUUAAUUUCUGGCCCAAUACUUAAGGAGAUGCAACAUAAACUAGAUGUAGAAUAAAGGUAAAUUGUUCUUCUCGUCCAUCGAGUAGCGUGUGUAGGCAGCUGUCAGUAUUUCCAUUACAAACCAAAGCUACCUUACUGUAUUAAACUGCAGUGAGGAAUAUAAAUUUAUAUAAACUGGA